UAGGAUUUAAUAAGCUUUGCUUCUUCCUACUCCUUUUGGACAUGUGGAACUGUGAACUGAUUAUGUGAUGCAUUCAAUUGUAAUCUGAUGCAUGUUCAAAUGAAAUUCAACCAUUACCAUUACAUCUGUUGAUUAAAAACAUCGCUACUAACAGUACUGCCCCUGUAUUUACUUAAAAUGUGCUGUAACGGUCUUUUUCCUUUCCAACAGACACAAUGGCAUCAGGGAUCUCUCCAACGGAAGCCAACGUCACCUUCUCCUUGGCUGUGUUUGAAAAGCUGAGCGAGGAGGACCAGACUGCCAAUGUCUUCUUUUCCCCCUUCAGCAUCUCUGCAGCCCUGGCCAUGACCAUGCUGGGGGCCAGGGGCAACACGGCCACACAAAUGUCGGAGGUCCUGCGCUUCUCUACACCAAAACAACCGCCAAUGCCAGAGCUAGUCCAGCAGAGGCAGAGCCCAAUGCAAAUGCAAAUGCAGACCCGACAGCAAAUAAGGAUGCAGAUGCCAUCCAGCAAGCUGCCACACUAUCUGCAAGGGGUUCUAAGCGAUGCUGUCCACACCCAUUUUAAUCAACUCUUGACUGAGUUCAAUGAGCCAAAGGCUGAGUACGCACUCAGUAUUGCCAACAGGCUGUAUGGGGAGAAAACCUACGACUUUGUUGAGGACUUCCUCGCCCAAACCAGGAAGUACUAUAAUGCUGAGCUGGAGUCUGUGGAUUUCAAGGAAAAUGUCGAGGAGGCAAGGGUGAACAUUAAUAAGUGGGUGGGAGAGAAAACCCAAGGUAAGAUCCAGGAGAUCCUGGCAGAGGGCAAGGUGCCUGACACGACCAAGAUGAUUCUGGUGAACGCCAUCUAUUUCAAAGGCAUCUGGAAGAAACAGUUUGAGAAAGACCACACUGUCAAUGCUCCAUUUAGAAUCAAUAAGAAUGACACUAAGCCAGUGAAGAUGAUGUACCAGAAAGGGGUGUUCCCUCUCAAAUUCAUCAAAGAAAUAAACUCCCAGGUCCUAGAAAUGCCUUACAAAGGACAGGUUCUAAGCAUGCUUAUCUUCCUGCCCAAUCAAAUGGAGGACGACACGACAGGAUUGGAGAAAUUGAAGAAAGACCUGACCUACGCCACAAUUACCAAGUGGACUAGUUCAGAUGAGAUGGCGGAGGUUGAGGUGAAUGUGGGCCUGCCACAAUUCAGGAUGGAGCUGACUUACGAUCUGGACCAGAUCCUACCCAGCAUGGGCAUGAUGGAUGCUUUUGACAGCAGCAGGAGUAACUUCUCUGGCAUGUCUCCUGCCAAUGACCUGGUCAUGUCCAAAGUCAUCCAUAAGGCUUUUGUGGAGGUAAAUGAGGAAGGAACCGAGGCCUCUGCAGCCACCACAGUCAUAGUAGUAGAGCGCACUUCAGUGGUUUUGAACAACUUUAUCGCCGACCACCCUUUUCUCUUCUUCAUCCGACAUAACCCAACCAACACGAUCCUGUUUGCUGGCCAAUAUUCCUCCCCUGAGACAACAAUGGCAUCACCAGCCACUCUAUCCAAAGCCAACACCUCCUUCUGCCUGGAUUUGCUGAGAAGACUGAGCGACAAUGACAAGACUGCAAAUGUCUUCUUCUCCCCUUUUAGCAUCUCCUCAGCACUCGCCAUGGUGAUGCUGGGGGCCGGGGGCAACACAGCCUCACAGAUGUCAGAGGUUCUCUAUUUCACUGAGGCAAAGCCCCAACAAGCACAAUCGAUGCAUAUGCAGCAACAGGUCCAGUCCAGUCUGCCGUUGUUUCUGCUGAAGUGCCUGAAAACUAAAGGUCAUGAUGACAUCCACGCCAGCUUUGCCAAACUGCUGGUUGAGCUGAACGAUCCAAAAGCUGUGUAUGCCCUCAGCGUUGCCAACAGACUGUACGGGGAGCAGUCUUACCAGUUUGUUGAGGAUUUUCUUCAACAAACCAGGAAGCACUACCGAGCAGAACUGGAGUCUGUGGACUUCAUAAGAGGCCAUGAAGCCGCCAGGGUCAACAUCAAUAAAUGGGUGGAGAAGGAGACACAAGGUAAAAUUAAGGACGUACUGGCGCCCGGUGUGUUGGACAACAUGACCAGGCUGGUGCUGGUCAAUGCCAUCUACUUUAAAGGCGACUGGAACAAGAAGUUUCAGGAGCGCUCAACACGUGACGCUCAGUUUAGGCUUAACAAGAAUGCAACCAAACCAGUGAAGAUGAUGCACCAGAAAUCCAAAUUUCCUUUAACUUUCAUCCCUGAAGCCAACUGCCAGAUCCUGGAGAUGCCAUACAAAGGGAAGGAUCUCAGCAUGCUCAUCUUUCUCCCCAUGGAUAUAGAAGACAAUUCAACAGGCCUGGAGAAGAUAGAGCAGCAGCUCACCUAUGAGAACUUUGUGGAGUGGACUCGUCCAGAGAUGAUGGAUGACGUCGAGGUCCAGGUGGGCCUGCCUCGGUUUAAGAUGGAGGAGAAGUAUGACAUGAAGAACGUCUUGCUGAGCAUGGGGAUGGCAGAUGCCUUUGACAUGACAAACAGUGAUUUUUCUUGCAUGUCCCCUGCUAACGACCUGGUAUUGUCAAAGGUCAUCCACAAGGCCUUUGUGGAGGUCAACGAGGAAGGAACCGAAGCUGCUGCAGCCACCGCCGCCGUCAUGAUGUUGCGAUGUGCCUUGCGAACACCUGACUUCAUCGCUGACCACCCGUUCCUCUUCUUCAUUCGGCAUAACCCGUCCAUGAGCGUGCUUUUUGCUGGCCGAUAUUGCUCCCCCAUGUGAGCAUUCGGAGCAAUGUCGCUUCAUAAUACACGCUUAACCACGGAAUGAUUCACCACUUGAGUGUGCUGCUAAGAUCUUGAGUGAUUCCAGGAUGCUUUUUUUUUGCCUACAACCACAUGUGCCUGUUAUAUGUCCAAUUACUGCUUAAUCAGGUGCACAUCCCCACUAUUAUGGGUGAUUAUUUGUUAAUUGUGUGUCCUACUGUGUUUUAUGCUUUAUUUCAUAUCCGUAAUUCAAGUCGGGCCAUAUUAAACUGAACACUAACCAACACAUUAACGUUGUUUACCAAAGAAAAUAAUGACAUAAAGUUAAUAUGUCCUGUAUCACCCGUAAUGAACCAGCAAUAUAUAGUUAUGAGUCCACAUUUUCUAUUGUCUACAGUCUUAUAUUCCUUCUGUCUAUACAAUAAAAGUGUUUGCUGUUUGGAAACAAAAA